CUUAGUAGUUAUCCACAUCUGUCACGAUGAACUUCGCAUUGGUGCUGUUUGCUGUCUUGGCCAUUAUCGGCUUUGGUCAAGCUCAUCAAUUUCCGGAUUUCGGCAAAGGUCUUCUUCACGAGGAUCUUCAGGACAUUCUGGACUUAGUACCUGCUGAAGAAAUCACCAAUGUAGUUUACAUUUAUUUGGCGGAGGAUUCUGAAGUAAACGAUGCUUUUCAAAAUCUUGUAUCCUCAACCAUUCUCAAAGAUCUAAUGAUAGAUUUUGAAGCUAUCCCAGAAGUGAUCAACUUUUUCAAUUAUCUGCAUGAAGAAGGCAUCGAUAUUUACUUUUUAAUAAAUGAAAUUAACAAAGCUCUCGGUAUCAAGAAACUCGAACCACCUCUCUCUCAUGCCCAUUCUACGAUGAUUACCGGUGGAAUUGCUGGCCUUUUCAAAGACAUCAAGAUAUUGUUCCAUUAUGAUGAUUAUAUUCGCAUCUACGUGCGGAAGAUGAAAACCUCUUCAGCUUUCGUCCGCUUCGUCAAUCAACUCAAAUCCGACAAUUUCCAGCAAAUUAUUAACAAAUUGUAUGAAAUUAAUUCGUUUCAGAUCAUUUUAAAUUUCCUGAAGAGUAAGGAAGUGAAUACAAGAAUCGUAGCGGACAUCAUGUACAUCGUUCUCGGCAUCAGUGUACCGAAUGAACCAGUUUAUGUUUAUUCUUAUCCGUAAAGUAAAUUUUAUUAUUUAAUAAAAUCUUGGAUUUUUGGUAUCUUAUUUUGAUAAAAGAAUAAUGAAAUUAUACUAAAUUAUAUAAAAAAAAAAAUGAAUACGUUUUGAACGAAAAUGAAGAUGUUUUUAACUAUUUAGAUUAACAAUCGAAUUCCAUUUCAUAUUGCGUGAUAUCGGAGUUCUUAAGAAAUAUCAAAUACUUAUAUGUCAGAGCAGAAAACUGAAUUUGAUCAAAUUAUUAAUUAUAUUUAGAUGUUAUUCGUGUUUUCUGCAACAUAAAUAAAGAAUUUAUAAUUAUCAUAAAGCAAAAUAAAAAUAUGUUUAAAUAGACAUAAUAUUAUCUCAAAUAAAGUAGAUGUGUUAAUAAUAUUGCCUAAUCUUUAUUUUU